AUGUGGGAUGAAGCGAUGGCAUCGGACGGAGGAUCCUCCUCUAGCUUCCGUGAGUUGUACGGCAACAUCCACGGCCCGGCGGUGCUCACUGGCGCCGCGUUUGCGCUUGUGGCGCUCCUCAUCUCGCUCUGGCUCAUCCUGCAGCACCUCAGAUCGUACAACGAUCCAGCCGAGCAGAAGUGGAUCAUAGCUGUGCUGUUUAUGGUGCCUGUUUAUGCCUCUGAAUCUAUAAUUUCGCUGUGGAAUUCAAAGCUCUCUCUGGCUUGUGAUAUAUUGCGGAAUUGUUACGAAGCCUUUGCUCUGUAUGCCUUUGGACGAUACUUGGUCGCUUGCCUUGAUGAUUCUGAAGACACUAUGUGCUUUGUUGGCAUUGAUCUUUUGGAGCCUAUGGCGAUGGUGAAUUCAAGUGGAAUUACGGGUAUCUGUCUUUUUCACCUUUUUUGGUUAUCGAAAUUAGCAAAACAUCUGAGAUAUCCUUAUAUUGCUAUUGUCAUAAAUUUCAGCCAGACAUGGGCAUUGUAUUGUCUUGUAAAAUUUUAUAAUGCAACACAUGAAAAACUACAGGCAAUAAGGCCACUAGCCAAGUUCAUAAGCUUUAAGGCCAUUGUAUUUGCCACUUGGUGGCAAGGAGUUGGCAUUGCAAUCAUUUGCCAAACUGGACUCCUGCCCAAAGAGGGAAAAGUGCAGAACGCACUACAGGACUUCCUCAUUUGCAUUGAGAUGGCUAUCGCAGCUGUAGCACACGCCUAUGUCUUCACUGUGGAGCCAUACCAGCAGCGCAUCCCUGUACUUGAUCAUGGGGAAGUCACAUGUGAGGAAAGUAAAAUGGAGGCGAAGUUAGAUGUCAACGAUGAUACAAGCAGUACACCACCUACCAUUGAGGAGCAGGAGACCCAUGUUGAAGCUCCAGGGACGAGCAUCAAGGAGAGCGUGCAGGAUGUUGUCCUCGGCGGCGGCCAACAUGUUGUCAAGGAUGUUGCCCUUACAAUCUCACAAGCGAUUGGACCUGUGGAGAAAGGUGUCGAGAAAGGCGUUGGGAAGAUUCAGGAGAAGUUCCAUCAUAUCUCGCUGAAGCCAGGGGACAAGAAAGAACCUGAAGUUGAUGUGGAGGAGCACAUAACUGAGAAUGUGGUGGAUGGCAAACCUGUUGCAGUCAACGCAGAGGUUGAAGUCGAACAGAAGGUGCAAGAUAGUGGCAAGGAAGGUGAAACUGCCGUGGUUGAGACUGAUGUGGAAAUCAAAAGAACAGAGAAGGACGAUGAAGUGUAG